AUGAGCGACUUGUUUUUCCAGCAUUUCUUCGGUCACGAUUUUCCCCGUACUGGUAAAGAGGUCUUCAUUGAGCACAGUGUUGCUGUCCGGCGUCUUGUACCGGCCGAGCAUUUGCUGGAACAUCGGGCAACGGACGGCUGGGAGCCUUUAUGCAAAUUCCUUGGUAAAGCUGUUCCGCAAGACAAGGCGUACCCUAACACAAACGAUGUUAAGUCCUUCCGUUCGAGGUUCCAAGCGAUGAACAAAGGAAUUUUCAUCCAAGUCCUGACGUCGUUGGCCACGAAGGCGGUACCGAUCGUAGCCAUCACUAGCAUAUUGUGCUGGAUGUUCUGGGCAAGUAUUUAG